CUAAUGAACUGUGUUUGCGGGGAUGACGGAGUGAGUUAGUAAAAAAUAUGAAGGUGCAAGCAAGCAAUAGGUCAACUUGUAGCUUCAUUACUUAUCCCCACUCCGGCACUUGGUCGUAUAGCGCGCGGCGAGAGGUUGUGCGAGUUUACCUUAGUGUCGCGUCGUGUUUCUUGCGUCCUCGAAUUCUUCGCAAUAAUACUUUUCCUUCGAGAAAUGCACCGAAUUAUCUAUUUGCUAUUGGCGGAUUUAUAAAAUACAGUGCGACAAAAUAACAGUUUGAAAAAAAUGAGUUCCGAAUAAAGUGUUAUAAUUUGUUUUUGUGUGUCCUAAAAGCCCAAUUACUAACCGGAUAUUGUCAAGAUGGGAUCAAAAAUCGAAUACGUGGAUUCUUCACAUUUAUAUGCCACAAACUAUGUUCGCAAUUCAAAAGCUAUUGGUGUACUGUGGGCAAUAUUUACAAUUUGCUAUGCUAUUAUAAGCGUUGUUGCCUUCGUGACACCCGAGUGGAUCGGCGAUUUGGAGACAGAAUACCCAAGGAAGUUUGGAUUAUGGCAAAUAUGCAAGUCUGAAGAUUCUAUUGAGGACUGCAAAGGCAGAUUGGAUGAUUUCAUGUCGAUAAACGGAUUAGUGUUCAAGAUUGCGACCGUGUUAGUGGGCAUAGCGGUUGCCCUGGCACUGUUUACUAUCUGUGCGAUGCUGUUAUUCUUCUUUUGUCAGUCUACUACGGUGUUCCACAUCUGUGGAUGGUUGCAGUUGUUAUCAGCCGGGUGCAUGGUGGCCGGGGUAGCGGUUUACCCCGCAGCGUGGAGCGAGACGUCGGUGCAAGAGACGUGCGGCCCGACUGCCGACCAAUAUCAUUUAGGUCGCUGCCACGUCCGCUGGGCGUACAUACUAGCAGUGAUCGGGUGUCUAGACGGCAUCGUACUAGCUGCGCUUGCGUUCAUACUGGCCACCAGGCACGUGCGGUUACAACCCGACAGCGGGUACCCACCGCCGUCUUUGUACAAAGGUGAAGUGAACAACGCUUACGUGACAGACGCGACAUCUGUGUCCGGCUCGAGGAAAUCGCUCGCCCUACAACCAGUUCUGAUAAUGCAUCCGCACGCACCUAUGGACAUGGACACCUAUUCACAUUACUCGGGAAGGACGGCAAGAUCGAAACACGGCAUAUACGCGAACACCAUGCAUAAUUAUCAGUUGUAAAUGUAAUAAUCGGGUGUAUUCUUUUAGAUAAGCGAAAGACGACGUCGUAGUUCCGCCACGUGCCAAUAGAUGGCGCUGUUGGUUAUUACUGUAUAAAUAGUCUAGAUGGCGCUAAUUACAUAGUUUAAUUCAUAGAUAUUUAAAUCUACGAUUUAAUUUAAUAUUUGAUUAUUAUAAAUUAAUAUGCAAAGUUUAAUGUGAAAAUUAGAAUUGAUUUGUUUUAUUUGAUAUUAAAUUAAUCAUUAAAUUAAGUUAAAAAUUUAGAUAACUAGACUUUAUGUAAAUAUUGUACCUAAGGUUCAAUUGAUAAUUUACCUAUCCUAUGUACGCCUUUGGUCCAUUAUUACGUUGUUUUCUAUCUAUACACUAAUAUUAUAAAGAAGAAAGAUUUGAUUGUUUGUUUGUACAGAAUAGGCCCCGAAACUACUGGACCGAUUUGAAAAUUCUUUCACAUUUAGAAUCCUUCAUUAUCCCUGAUGAACAUAGGUUAUAGAGUCACAAAUAAAAUAUAUUUACCCGUUUUUUCAUUAUUUUCAUCGAUGCUCCGCUACUACUGGUCGUAGCCUGAUGUUCUAUAGCCUAUAGCCUUCCUCGAUAAAUGUACUAUCCAAUACAAAAAGAAUUUUUCAAAUCGGAACAGCAGAGCAAUGGUGCAUUCGGUACAACGGGUCCUAAGCUACGCAACAAAUUUUUUACUUGGAAUGGAAGGUUUAUAAUUAUUAUAAAGAAAGUCAUUGUGUACAUAACACAAGCCUUUGAACGAAAACUAUAGUUAACACUACAGCUCUACACCGGAUCGAAGCGAGAGCGGGUCACUAGUGUAAAAUAAAUACCUAAUGCUUAAAAAAACUAAGGUAAACUGCUUAAAGUCGUCCGAAUCCUUAAAAUGUGUUCAAUUAAUAUACAACGAAAAAUAUUAUGUGAUGCUGAUGAAACGAAGUUUUUUUUUUAUUUUUAUAUAAAUAAAAAUAAUUUUAGUCUACAUACUCUUUUUAUUUACA